AUCAGGACGGCGUGCUCCGUGCUCUGUUUCGGUAGUGGCUGAGCCAGAUAUGAGCACCUCGUCCGCUACGAGCUUUGCUGUUCUUGCUCUCCUCUGUUUGCUUCUUCCUUGCCAUGCGAAGCUCUCGACCAAGUUCUACGCCAAGUCGUGCCCCAACGUAGCCGCCAUCGUGCGGUCGAUGAUGGCGCAUGCCGUUGCCAAGGAGCCGCGGAUGGGCGCGUCCAUCAUCCGGCUCUUCUUCCACGACUGCUUCGUCAAUGGGUGCGAUGCGUCCAUCCUUCUGGAUGACACGAAGACGUUCACCGGCGAGAAGAACGCCGGCGCGAACGUCAACUCCGUCCGCGGUUACGAGGUGAUCGACGCCAUCAAGGUGCAGGUUGAAGCGGCCUGCAAGGGCACCGUGUCGUGCGCUGACAUCGUCGCUCUGGCAUCUCGAGACGCCGUAAACUUGCUCGGAGGCCCGACGUGGAACGUGCACCUCGGCCGGAAGGACUCGCGCACGGCAAGCCAGAGCGCCGCCAACGCCAACCUCCCUGGUCCGGGCUCCAGCGCCACGUCCCUUGUCUCCGCGUUCGCGGCCAAGGGGCUCUCGCCGCGCGACAUGACGGCGCUCUCCGGCGCGCACACCGUGGGGCGCGCGCGCUGCGUCUUCUUCCGCGGCCGCAUCUACACCGAGCCUAACAUCAACACCACCUUCGCGGCGGCGCGGCGGCGGACGUGCCCGCAGGGCGGCGGGGACGGCAACCUCGCGCCGUUCGACGACCAGACGCCGGACGCGUUCGACAACGCCUACUACAGGAACCUGGUGGCGCAGCGCGGGCUGCUGCACUCCGACCAGGAGCUCUUCAACGGCGGGCCGCAGGACGCGCUGGUGAGGAAGUACAGCGGCAAUGCCGGCAUGUUCGCCACUGACUUCGCCAAGGCGAUGGUGAAGAUGGGUGGCCUUGCGCCGGCUGCUGGGACGCCGACGGAGAUCAGGUUGAACUGCAGGAAAGUUAACUAAGAAUGGCUAUACUUGAAGUUUUAUUUGUGGCUAAGAGCCUAAAUUUAAUUACAAGUGUUCUUUUGUGAUCUUUUAUGCCUUCAUUUGUUCUGCCCUGAUAAAUAAUCAGGCUGCUGCAAUUAGUUUUGUGCUUGCUCGGCAAAAUCACAGAGCAGGUCGUAUCGGAUGCAAGAAUUUUGUAAGGAAAAAGAUUCUAUAAUUGUGUUGUCGAAGAUUAGUUCCCGACAAGUGUUUGUAAAUUGACUGGAUACCUUCGAGAGUAGGGAUUAAUCACGAAGAGAGAUAAAAUAAUGUAUACAGGUUCGGGUUUCUGAUUGGAGUAAUACCCUACGUCCUGUGGGGCUGUUACUGUCUUGUAUUGAUGAUCCCGAGUAUAAGCAAGGUGGCUAAGACUAUUAGAAGGAGUUGAUUGGAUCUAAUCUAUCAUAG